GGCAUAUCGGGAAACUAACGGAAGCUUCUGGUAAGCCCCGUGCCGUCUAAAUCAAAGACACCCCCGUCCAACCAGAUAAGCAUUCAGAUCAGUAUCAUCAUCACCUGGGAAAUUUCCGAAUCAUCGGAAAUUGGAAGGGCGCCAUUUGAUGCCGAUAACCGAUGCCGCCGAAGCAGCAAGCGAAGGCCGAUUUGGCAAAGAAGCAGAAGAUCGUCGAGGACAAGACCUUCGGGCUCAAGAACAAGAAUAAGAGCAAGAAUGUCCAGAAGUACGUCCAGACUCUCAAGCAGUCCGUCCAGCCCAAGCCUGAUCUCUCCAAAACCGCUGCUAAGAAAAAGAAGGAGGAAGAGAAGGCAAAGGACAAGGAACUAAAUGAGUUGUUUAAGGUUGCUAUCAGUCAACCAAAAGUACCAGUUGGUGUUGAUCCUAAGUCUAUAUUAUGCGAGUUUUAUAAAGCGGGGCAGUGUGCUAAAGGUUUCAAAUGCAAGUUCUCACAUGAUUUGAAUGUUCAGAGGAAAGGAGAAAAGAUUGAUCUUUACAGUGAUAAGCGUCAAAAUGAAACAAUGGAGGAAUGGGAUCAAGAAACUUUGGAGAAAGUUGUGGAGUCAAAGAGAAAAGAGUACAAUAUAAACAAACCAACUGAUAUUGUUUGUAAAUACUUUUUGGAAGCAGUGGAGAAAAAACAAUAUGGUUGGUUUUGGGUCUGCCCCAAUGGUGGUAAAGAUUGCCAUUACAGGCAUGCUCUUCCUCCAGGAUAUGUUCUGAAGUCUCAGAUGAAAGCUCUAUUGGAGGAAGAGACUGAAAAGAUACCUAUUGAGGAGGAGAUUGAAGAUCAGCGUGCUAAGUUGAAAACUUCAACUCCAAUGACUCCUGAGUUGUUCAUGCAAUGGAAGAAGAAAAAGAUAGCAGAAAGAGAUGCUGGCUUGGCUUCAAAAAUGGCAGAGCGGGCUAAGAAUGACCGUAUGAGUGGUCGUGAACUGUUUUUGUCAGAUUCAACCUUAUUUGUGGAUGAUGCUGAGGCAUCUGAGAAGUAUCAAAGAGAUAAAGAAUCUGAAGUUGCUGAAAAGAAGGUUAGUAACAAUGCUAAUGGAGGUGGGCCAAAUAGCUCAGCAACAGCUGAUGGCGAUGCCAAAGCUACCAACAUCGAUGACGAUGUUGAUGACGACGACUUGGACAUAAAUGAGUUAAACGAGUUGGAAGCAAGCCUAUCAAAGGUAACAAUUCAAGAGCCAGGCACUAGUGCUUAAGCCAAAGAGAGGCAGCCCAAAGUCUGCAUACUUCCCGAGUGUGGACUCCAUAUUAUUUUCUGUACACUUGUAGCCCUUAAAUCAUAGCUCCUCCCCAUCGAUUACCUACUAUCCUCAUGGAUCUUAGGUGCUUCUGCAUCUUGUAUCUAUUUUCAGUGGUGGAUUUCCUCUUACAAAAAUCAUUGUUUUGUAACUUGAGCAUAUUAGAAUGCAUUCGCUAGAAAUGUGUCUUCUAUUGGUUUAUGCUAGUGUACCUGGUCUUGUUCUUCCAGAUGCA